UUUAUAGGUAUUUUUAAAUGCGUGCAUAAGUGGAACAAUUUUACAAAUAGAUUCUUCUAAUGGAGCAGCAUUUGUUGACAGCAAUUCAAAAUCUGUUAUAAUUAAUCCUCUGAUGUUUAAGGAAAUGAUAAUAUGUUGGAAAAUCUGGGAAAAAAUAGACACUGAAGUUUUAAAAACACUUUUCUCUAUACUUCAAACAUUAGUCAGAGACAAACAUUCAUAUCAGAAAUAUAAUAUAUCACAAAUGCUUUCAGUUUCAACAGAGGAUGUUCUCUUUAGCAUUCUUGAAGAUAAAUUUAGCAGCAAUGAAAAUGUCCUUUUGUCAAAAGAAAUAGCAGUUGCUAUACCAUGGCUUAUUCAAAAGUUUUUCAACACUUUUAAGUUGUCUUUACUUAAAAAAAUAUUUAAUUGUUUACUGUUAUUACAUCAAGCUUCAUCUACAUAUAUUUGUCAUGCUCCUAGUUCAUUUUAUUUCUUAUUUACACAAAAUGAGAGGGGUUUGAUAAAGUCACUAGAGAAUACAAGUGAUGACAGUUCUUAUGAAGAAAUUAAUGAAGGUAUUGAAAGAAUAGAUCUUCAGAAACCACUAGAUGAAGCCAGUAACUCAAGUCAAGAUAAUUUACUUCAAUCAAAAUCUAAUUUAAGUAAAGAGAAUAAAGAUUCUGAUUAUUUGAGAAUAAAUUAUGAAAUUCUUUAUCUGGGAAAUGAAAUGCCAGAUAAUAUUAGCAGUGAAAGUUUUCCAAAUGAAUGUGACUUAGAUAAAAAUCAUUCUAAUUUGACUAAAGACGACACAGUAAGUGAAGCUGACAAAAUUGUCACAAGGGAACAAUUGCAAAACAAAAAUCAUAAUGUGGACAACAUAAACUGUGAAAGUGUGCCUGAAGUGGAAGAUGAAAUUGUAUUGGAUAAUAGCAUGCUUUCUCCUCAUUCUUAUAAAUUUUUUUUAAGUGAAGAAGAAUGGGAAAUUAUAUCUCUCUAUAGCAAUGAUUCCAAAGACCAAGGAUUUGCUAAUAUUUUCAUAGGAGAUGAAAAUACUGAAAGUGAGGAAGAGAGUUAUUCUCAACCAACUUUAAGAGAUGAUGUAAUUUUCAGUCUGAUUAAUAUUAUUCGAGAAACCAUAAUUACUGCACCAGAUUCAAUAAUUAAUGAUGUUAUUUCAACAAUAAAACCGGAAGCUUUGAUAGUUUUUGCUCUCAAUCCUUGCAGUCUUGUGGCUUCAUCAUGUAUCAUGACUCUAGAUGCUUAUCUUCAGAGAAGUUCUGAUGAAGUCAUUGAAAAUUUUCUUAAAACAAAGAGUUUUCAUUUGCUUGCUAAUCAGCUCCAUCAAUUUCCAGCGACAGCAGAACUUCUGAAUGCUUGUCUUACAUUUAUUGUUGGGCAUCCCUCAAAACUAGAAGAGAGAUCAUCAAAUUUUGGAUUGCCUUUUGAAUUAAGUCCAGUUCAGCUAAUGGCCUGCAUUCCAUUGUUGGCUUUAUUGCCAAAUACUGCACAUAAUUUAACACUUUGUCAUAAUACACUUGUGAGACUUCAACAGCUCUUGAUUCAAGUACCAAAUGGUAUAAAGACUUUGUUAGAAAAUGGAUUGAUGGAAAGUUUAGCUAAGUUGAUAUCAAUAAUUGUUCAUUCAACUUCUAAUAAGCAAGACAGAAAACCAAAUGAAGAAUUAAUUUAUGAAGAUAUUUAUAGAAUAAUUUAUAUUCUUGUAAUUGAACUUAUGAGCAUCAGUGGCACACACACUUUUCAGAAGUUUCAGGAUAUAUUAUGGCUUUUUUCUAGUUUAGAAUCAUUCUCUUAUAAUUCAUGUAAGUAUUAUUUAUUUAUUUGUUUGUUGAGAGAGUGAAAGAUUUGAAAUAUU